AAUUUUUUUUAUCAAUUGCUUAAUUUUUAACUCUUCUCAGGAAGCAGUGAGGAUCCCAAACAUAUCAAUGUUUAUCUAGCUCAAAAUUAUGUUUAAAACCAAAAACAAAAUGAAAGGAAAAUUAAAAAUACAAGUAAGCUACCCAAAGAAAAGUUUUAUGACUAUAUAUACAGACACACCAGAAUUAGGUACUAUCAUUUGAGUCCGCCACACGGUGGCGCUGCAGGCUAAAGAGCUGGGAACAAAAUGAACACUGAUCAUUCCCGAAAUCAUUAAUACAAAAGAGGAAGGUGGGGACAGAUGGUCUGUGAAGAAAAGCUGUAGCGGUUCAAAUAUCCAAAUCCUUGGAUAAGGGAAAACAAUCUAGCUCCCUGCUCCUACACAGCUUAGUUCCAAGGUCUGACUUGCGUUUACGCUGGGUGCAGUGUUCCUGACUGACACUGGCUGAAGGAGAAGCUAUGGAGGCCAGAGGGUUGCGCUUCUUGAGACCAAGGCAAGUCCUCUUUCUCUUUCUGUUCUGGGGAGUGUCCUUGGCAGAUUCUGGGUUUGGACAUUAUUGGGUAACAGAGGAAACAGAAAGGGGCUCCUUUGUGGUCAAUCUGGCAAAGGAUCUGGGACUAGGGCAGGAGGAGCUGGCUGCGAGGGGAGCCCGGGUGAUUUUUGAGGAUAGCAAACAACACUUGCUCCUGGAUUCCCAUACUGGGAAUUUGCUCACAAAUGAGAAGCUGGACCGGGAAAAGCUGUGCGGCCCCACAGAGCCCUGUAUGUUAUAUUUCCAAAUUUUGAUGGAUAACCCUUUUCAGAUCUACCGGGCUGAGUUGAGAGUGAGGGAUAUAAAUGAUCACUCACCAGUGUUUCGGAACAAAGAGAUGAUCUUAAAAAUAGUAGAAAAUACAAUGGAAGGAACAGCAUUUCGACUAGAAAGAGCACAAGAUUCAGAUGGAGGACGGAAUAGUGUCCAAAACUACACCAUCGACCCCAACUCUUUUUUCCAUAUUAAAAUUAGUCCCAGUGAUGAAGGGAUCAUAUAUCCAGAGCUAGUGCUGGACAAAGCACUGGAUUGGGAGCAGCAGCGGGAGCUCAUUUUAACACUCACAGCGCUGGAUGGUGGGUCUCCACCCAGGUCUGGGACCACCACUUUGCGUAUUGUGGUCCUGGACAUCAAUGACAAUGCCCCGCAGUUUGCCCGGGUGCUCUAUGAGACCCAGGUUCCAGAAGACAGCCCAGAAGGAUCCCUCAUUGUUCAAGUCUCUGCAGGAGAUGUAGAUUCUGGAGUCAAUGCAGAAGUAUCCUAUUCAUUUUUUGAUGCUUCAGAAGAUAUUCAAACAACCUUUGAAAUCAGUCCAUUUUCUGGGGAAAUCAUUCUCAGAGCAUUGCUUGAUUAUGAAUUAAUAAAGUCUUACAAAAUAAAUAUACAGGCCAUUGAUGGUGGAGGUCUUUCUUCAAAGUGUACAGUUUUGGUGGAAGUUCUGGACACCAAUGACAAUCCUCCUGAACUGAUCAUGUCAUCACUUUCCAAAUACAUUGCUGAGAACUCUCCUGAGACUGUCCUGGCAGUUUUUAGGAUUAAAGACCCAGACUCUGGAGACAAUGGAAAGAUGCUUUGCUACAUCCAAGAUAAUCUGCCUUUUCUUCUGAAACCCUCUGUGGACAACUUUUACAUCUUAACAACAGAAGGGGCACUGGACAGAGAGAGUCAGGAUGUGUACAACGUCACCAUCACUGUCACUGACCUGGGGACACCCAGGCUUAAAACCGAACACAACAUAACCUUGCUGGUCUCCGACGUCAACGACAACGCCCCCGCCUUCACCCAGGCCUCCUACACCCUGCUGGUCCGCGAGAACAACAGCCCCGCCCUGCACAUCGGAACCAUCAGCGCCACAGACGCAGACGCGGGCACCAACGCCCAGGUCACCUACUCGCUGCUGCCGCCCCACGACCCGCAGCUGGCCCUGGCCUCGCUGGUGUCCAUCAACGCCGACAACGGCCAGCUGUUCGCGCUCAGGUCGCUGGACUACGAGGCCCUGCGCGCCUUCGAGUUCGGCGUGCGCGCGGCAGACCGCGGCUCGCCCGCGCUCAGCAGCCAGGCGCUGGUGCGCGUGCUGGUGCUGGACGCCAACGACAACGCGCCCUUCGUGCUCUACCCGCUGCAGAACGGCUCUGCCGUUUACAAUCUUCUUAGAGGUUACAAACUUCUGGAGACCAGGAAACACAUCUUGUAUUUUUAUAUUCAAAAUGGAGCACAUUUGGUUGUGUGA